UGCAAUAUAACCCAUUUUAGCCCGCCUUGCGGGCUAGAUGUAUUGAAUUAGGGCAGAACUAUAAUCAAAUAAAUCGCAUCCUCAGCAGUCCGUCAAGAUUUUAGCUUCCCAGUUUACCUUUCCGACGUAGUUUUUCAAUUAUUUGCUGGACCUCUCACCCAAGCAGGUUCGAUAUCUGAGACCCCACUAACUUUCCGCUUCUUCAGCGACCGACGCUGCUGGAUAGCUGCCUAUUCAUCGCCGGCUACUUUGCCGUCCUUUAGACCUCUUUCCGCCGUGGCCGAGCAGGGAUAAGCUGUGAACCGAAAGGAAAUUGGCUGGUGAAUUAUGUUUAAGAACACAUUUCAGUCUGGUUUCUUGUCUAUCCUGUACAGCCUUGGGAGUAAACCUUUGCAGAUAUGGGAUAAAGAAGUGGUUAAUGGGCAAAUCAAACGGCCUCAUGAUGAAGAUAUUCAAUCCAGUGUUCUUGAAAUAGUUGGAUCAAAUGUUCAAUCAACAUACAUCACUUGUCCAGCUGAUCCGUCAGCAACACUUGGCAUAAAGCUUCCAUUUUUGGUCAUGAUUGUAAAGAAUUUGAAAAAAUAUUUCACUUUUGAGAUACAGGUGCUGGAUGAUAAGAACGUUCGUCGACGAUUUAGAGCAUCCAAUUAUCAAGCGAUGACACGUGUGAAGCCUUUCAUCUGCACCAUGCCCCUUAGGCUGGAAGAUGGAUGGAACAACAUUCAGUUAAACCUUACUGAUUUAACCAGAAGAGCAUAUGGUACCAACUAUGUGGAGACACUGAGAGUCCAGGUGCAUGCGAACUGCCGCUUGAGGAGAAUAUACUUCUCAGACCGGCUUUACUCCGAGGAAGAACUUCCUCCAGAGUUCAAGCUUUAUCUCCCCAUUCAGAAGAGUUAAUCUACCCAAAUGGAAUGCUGCAGAGCUGAAAGUAGUGCUGAUGUUUUAAUGUUGUUUUUGGGAAAAUUUUUGUUAUUGAAAGAAAUGCUUUUGGAAGUUGACAGUUUGUGUUUCUGCGGUUGAUUUUUAUUUACUUUUUGGUUAAAUGUAGCUUGGUUUGAUCCAAUAUAGCUGGUUGGUUAGUAUCAUGAUGCCUGCAAUUUAAUGAUUGACUCAA